AGACAUCCACAUGACACCAACAGCGCGUGUGUCCUUUUGAGGGUCCUGUAGUGACUUCUGAGUGGACUUGCUGGCCAGCAGCUGAUGUGGAACAGAGAUUUACUUUAAUUAAAGUGUAAAUAAUGUUGUAGGGGUUGAAGAGGACGGGGGUGGGCGUCACAGUGCUGAUUUAAUCUGAUUUUCUUUCCCCAACACUGAUGAUGUUUCUGCGCUGGUGUUUCCCGCCGGUCAGACGGAUGUGUGUGUGUCAGCAGAUCUCCGUCAGGUCCUUCAGCAGCAGCCGGACGCUCCUCAAAGAUGACCCACAGCAUGAGGAGAAGCUGGAUCUGGACAUCUGGAAGUCUGUGAUGAGAGCUCAAGCUCUGCCGGAAGAUCCUCCGCAUCUCCAGGACUCGACAUCGGCUGCGUCUGUGCUGGAGGCGCACCGAGAGCUGGUGGAGACCUGGCAUCAAGCUGGAAAGCUGGUGCCGAAGGUGAUCACGGAUCAGCAGCUGCAGGAACUCUCCAUUCUCACCACUAAAUCCUCCAAGAAGAAAUACCUCAAAUUCCUGGCCAUCAAGGAGGCGCAGAAGAACAACGACAAGAGGAAGCAGGAGAAGAAGAGAGCUGAGAGAGAAGCGGGAAAACUCCAGAACAAUAAUGGAGAGGAGGAGGAGGAGGAGCGAGCCGCAGGCCCCGAGAACACCUUCAUGCUGAGGCUCCGCAACAACUCCAUCGAGAGCGCACACAACUGGAGGACGGCGCAGGCGAUGCGCUUCGACCAGCCGCUGGUCUUCGACAUGAGCUACGAUCAGCAGAUGAGCCGGCAUGAGCUGGAGAAUACGGUCAGUCAGCUGCUGGAGAGCGAAGGCUUCAACCGGCGGGUUCAGGAGCCGUUUCACCUGCACUUCUGCAACCUGCAGCCGGGGGGAGCGUACCACCGCGAGCUGCUGCGGAGAUACGGGGACGAGACGUGGAGACGGCUGCUGAUCACACACACCGAGCGCUCGCCGCUGGAGCUGUUCCCGCAUCAGGACCUGGUGUACCUCACAGCAGACUCGCGCUCCGUCCUGCGCACGUUCGACCACACCAAGGUGUAUAUAGUGGGAGCUAUGGUGGACCGCAGCAUCCGCGUAGGAGCAUCGCUUGCUAUUGCCAAACGCUUCAGACUGGCCACGGCGCGGCUCCCGCUGGACGAGUAUCUGGACUGGGAUUGUGGAGCUAAAAAUCUGACUCUGGAUCAGAUGAUCCGCAUUCUGACCACGGUGAAGCAGACGGGCUGCUGGCAGAAAGCGCUGGAGUUCGUGCCCAAGAGGAAACACAAAGGUUUCCAUCAACAAAGCGGCGACAAGAGGAGCCAGAAAAAACACAGAGGAGGAGCAGACAGAGCCCCCUGGUGGAGUCAGCAGAAACAACACCAACAGAAAUAAUCAUGCGCAUCGACAGCAAUGAGAAGAACUUCAGCAAUAUUCUGCCUCAUGUGCUGAAACUAAAAUAAUAAAGCGUGUGUGAGGGCUUCUCUUGCUUCAUUUUGAUAUGUUAAUACCAAUUAAAGAAAUGCAAAAAGG